AUGUUUGAUUUCGGACAAGAUUCGAUAGUGUAUCAGGAAGCCAUACCAUACAAUUGUGAAAAAUACUUCAGCAGCAACAGAGAACGUUACGGAUAUGGAAGAGAUUCGGAAAAAUACGGAUACGGUCGUGGUUCAUGUUCUCCCGCGAGAUCUUAUAGCAACACGAGGUCCAGACGUAGAUCGCCGGAUAGUCCCUCUCGCAUGAGACACAGAUCGAGUUCGAGGAGUAAAAAUUCGAACAGGGUGACGUUCGAACAAACAUACUCUCAUACUCAUCGCGAUUAUUAUUUACACGUUUAUUAUUCGAGUAAAUAUUUAACGGGCAUUUGA